UUCGGCGAUCACCGAAGGCGUUUGCACUACAUGUUCGUUAUCAGUUGCCAUACCACGGCCACGGUGAACAGUGAUCAUGUCGUUCGGAGGAAGUGUUUUGCUGCUAUUGUUUCUCACGUUGAUCGUUGGCCAUUCUAGUGCCCGGAAACCACUCGGAAUACGGGAAGCCUUGGUGAUACUGAUGCAAAAACAUGUUGCCAACAAUAAUUGGUGGCAGACAGCGAGUUUCUACCAGAUCUAUCCACGAUCCUUCAAAGACAGCGAUGGCGAUGGUAUUGGCGAUCUGCGUGGAAUAAUGAAUCAACUACCGUAUCUGGGACAAUACCUUCGCAUUGAUGGAUUCUGGAUGUCCCCAAUUUUCAAGUCACCCAUGGCAGACUUUGGUUACGAUAUCUCCGAUUAUUACGACAUUCAGCCAGAGUAUGGAACAAUGGCUGAUUUUGACGUUCUCGUUGCAAGGGCAAAACUGUAUGGACUGAAGAUUAUUUUGGACUUUGUACCGAACCAUACCAGUGACGAGAAUGAAUGGUUUAAGAAGUCAGAAAACCGCGAAAAUGGGUUCGAGGAUUACUACAUUUGGCAUCCGGGUAAGCCUAAUCCAGCGAACAUCUCUCAACCUCUCCCACCAAACAAUUGGGUAAGUAUAUUCCGAGGAAGUGCCUGGCAGUGGAGUGACACCAGGAAAGAGUACUAUUUGCAUCAGUUCUCUGUGAAACAACCUGACCUCAAUUAUCGUAACCCUCGAGUCGUUGAACAAAUGAAGGAUGUUAUGCGUUUUUGGUUGAGACGUGGUGUUGAUGGAUUCCGAAUCGAUGCCGUGCCGACACUGUUUGAAAUUGAACAGGAUGCCGAGGGAAACUAUCCUGACGAACCGUUAAGCGGAAACACGAAUGACCCCAAUGAUCCGGGCUAUACAAUCCACAUUUACACGCAGGAUCAAAAUGAAACACUUGAUAUGGUUUAUCAGUGGCGCGCUGUAUUGGAUGAUUUUCAAAAAGAGAAUGGCGGAGAUGCGAGAAUAAUGAUGACCGAAUCGUAUUCGAGAAUUGAUAUUGUUAUGAAAUAUUAUGGAAACGGUUCCGCUCCCGGGUCGCAUAUUCCUUUCAAUUUUGGAUUCAUUACUGAUUUGAACAAGGACUCAACCGCGAACGAUAUUGAAAAUGUUAUCAAGCACUGGAUGAACAACAUGCCUUCAGGGGAAGCAGUACCAAAUUGGGUGAUGGGCAAUCAUGAUCAACAUCGAGUGGGCAGCAGGUUUGGCGAAAACAAAAUCGAUAUUAUGAACAUGAUCCUUUUCUCUCUACCGGGUGUCAGCAUCAGCUACAAUGGCGAGGAGAUUGGUAUGACUGACGUAUGGAUUUCCUACAACGAUACAGUUGAUCCAGCCGCUUGUAAUGCUGGUCCGGACAAGUAUCAGUACACAACACGGGAUCCAGAGAGAACCCCGUUCCAGUGGGAUUACCUUAAGAAUGCCGGAUUUUCAACAGCCGAUAAAACAUGGCUUCCGGUGUCUCCCACGUUUAAGGACGUGAAUGUGAAGUUGCAGAAAUCCAUGGAUAAGAGCCAUUUGAGGGUUUACCAGAGGCUGGUAUGGCUGAGAAAAUCGCAAGCAUGGAAAAAGGGCUCCUUGAUGACUGUAGUUUCAGGCAAUGUUCUCGUCAUUAUAAGAGAACUGGAUAAAUCGCAAACUAUGGCCACAUUGGCGAAUAUUGGUGCCACACAGCAAGUGGUGGAUAUUUCUAAAAUGGGAUUCGUUCCUUUGGGAGGUUUCGGUGUUUAUCAAGCGGUUUCUGGUAAUUCUAUUCAUCAUCUGGGGGAGCCUGUGCCUCUUACCAGAAUCGUUCUGGAUCCAUUCGAAUCAGUUGUCGUCAGUGGCGGAGGAGAUUAUUAUUAUUAUGAGGUUCUGAAUGCCAAACAUUAGUUUAGUUUUGACAUAAGCAUACAAAGUACACGAAAUCAAACAGCAAGAGAUUAACGGAAGGAAGAUAAA